AUGAGCCGACAGACUAACAGACGUCCAAUUAUUCUUGACCGUUCCGGUGGCUUCACAAUUGGGGGCAGAACUAUAUCCAGUCCAGUUUCGUCUAACUUGACCCUUUCCUGCGACCACGGUUAUAUGGAAUAUUUCUUGCCGCAAACCCCUCGAAAGCUGAGCCUAGUCAUGUGGCACAGCUCAAGCACGCAAACCUUUCAAAACCGAUGGGACGGCGGCGAAGGUUUCAAAGACAUGUUUCUGCGCCGCGAUUACCCUGUGUAUCUCUGGGACGGCCCCCGGGUUGGACGUGCUAAUUGGGCAUGUGAGCCCGACUCCUACACACCAUGGUAUCGAGACGAAGGGAAUUUUGUAGCGUGGAACUUUGGGCCGUCCUACAGGAACUGGUGGCUGGACGUGCAAUUCCCAACAGAAGAUGGCUAUGCCUGGCAGCAGGCCACAAGCGCUCGUUACGUUGAGUACGACAGCGACGACAACGUCCAGCUGCACUCUAAUGCGGCGGCUAUCGCGGCUGAUUCUGGUAAGAUAGGACAGGACAUUGCCUACAUAACUAAUUCAGCUUCGGGUGUUCGUGCCUUAAUGACGGUGGUGAAGAGCAACACAACUAAUAUCAAAGCUAUUAUUUGUUACGAGGGCUAUGGAUACGUUUUUCCAGAGGGAGCAAACUUUACGGCCAACACGCCCUUUUUCUCGGGAGGAGGAUUUGGGCCGUACGUCGUACCAUUGGAUGAUUUCAAAAAGCUCGCCAAGCUCGCAGCCGUAAUGUUUUAUUGGUCGGAUCAUAGGGAUGAGUCAUAUUUGUUUUUGAAGCAGUCACGCGAAGUAGCGGAGCUCAUCAACCUGUAUGGUGGUAAUGCACACGUCAUGAAGUUAGGGGAAGAUGCAGGUCUAAAGGGGAGCACACACAUCGCUUUUGCUGAUAUGGACAAUGAUAAAGUUGCGAUGUUAUUGGAUGGGUUCCUUCAUAAGAAUAAGUUGGAUGAAUAUCAGGUGCCCAAGUGGCUGAAUUGA